UCUGUAAUAGAGCCACACCGUUAUUCUUUAAGGGCAAGUCAAAUCAUAUUGGAGUUGUACUUCUAUCAAGAAAUAUAAAUUCACUGCAAAGAAAUGGCGGAAUCUGCAUCGAGUCGGUUUGUGGAUCAGUUCAGCUGUCCGGUCUGUUUGGAUGGACUGAAGGAGCCGGUGACGAUUCCCUGUGGACACAGUUACUGUAUGAGCUGUAUUACUGACUGCUGGGGCCAGAAGGAGCAGGGGCCGCCGUACCGCUGUCCUCAAUGCAGAGAGAGCUUCAGUCAGAGACCUCUACUGAAGAAGAACACUCUGAUAGCUGAGAUGAUGGAGACGCUGCAGAAGACGUCCCUACAAACGGCUGCCGGGGAUUGUGAUGUUUGCACUGAAGAGAAGAACAGAGCUGUGAAAUCCUGUCUGCAGUGCUUGGCCUCCUUCUGUCAAACUCACCUGCAGCCUCACUAUCAAUCUCCUGCGUUUAUGAAGCACAAACUAGUCGAAGCCUCCAGAAACAUUCAGGAGAACAUCUGCCUCAGUCAUGGGAAACUUCUGGAGAUGUACUGUCAGGAUGACCAUCAAUGCAUUUGUUGUUUGUGUACUGAUAAUCAUAAAGGACACAGUGUGGUGUCUGUGGAUUCAGAAUGGACUAGUAAAAAGGAAGAGUUAAAGGAGACAGAGGUGUCGUGUCAAAAGCUGAUCCAGGAGCGAGAGAGAGGUCAGCGGGAACUCAGUCAAGCUGUGAAGCUUCUUACAAGUUCAGCACUAGAGACCAUGGAUGACUUUGAGAAAAUCUUCACUGAGCUCAUCUGCUCUCUUGAGAAGAAACGCUCUGAGAUUAAAGAGCAGAUCAGAGCUCAGGAGAAAACUGAGAUAGAUCGAGCAGAGGAACAUCGCAAACAUCUGGAUCAAGAACUGAAGGAACUCAGAAAAAGACAAAGCAUGAUUGAGAAGCUUCUGAUUAGUGAUGACAAGAUCCACUGUCUGAAGAGCUGCCAGUCUGUGUGUGUUUUACCCACAUUUGAAACCAGCAUCAUUCAACACACUCACCUGUUUUUUAAAGACAUUUCAAUCUCAAUGUUUAAGGAGGUUUUGGAGGAUGUCUGUCAACAACAAACAGCCAGAAUAUCCAGAGAAGUGUCAAAUGUCUAUGUUACAAACCCUCCAGAACCAAAGACCCAAAAUGAUUUCUUGCAAUAUUUCUAUGAGCUUCACUUGGAUCUAAACACUGCACACAGAAAUCUCGAACUGUCAGAAGACAACAGGAAAAUAGUAUCUUCAGAUGAAGCUCAGCAAUAUCCAGAUCAACCAGAACGGUUUAAUGAGCGUCCCUAUAUUUUGUCUAGAGACGGUUUGUAUGGUCGCUUUUACUGGGAGGUGGAGUGCAGUGGGGACGAAUGGGCUGUAGGAGUUUGUUACUUAGGAAUUAGACGUAAAGGAAGCACUGAUGACUGUGCACUUGGCUUCAACAAAAUGUCAUGGAGACUGGGUUAUUAUCUGAAGAAAUUCAGUUUCAUUCAUGCUCAAGAAAAAGUCCCAAUCCCUGUGGUCUCUAGAAUAGGAGUGUAUCUGGAUCACACGGCAGGAAGUCUGUCCUUCUACAGCAUCUCUAACACAAUGACUCUCCUUCACAGAGUCAAGACCACUUUCACUGAACCCUUAUACCCUGCGUUUAAGGUUGGAGCCGGUUCAUCUGCCAGGAUCAUAGAUCUGAAAAAAGACCAAGUAUCCACCUUAUUUUGCAAUGCCCAAGAAAGCUGUCUUUAUGAACGUGUGAGAUUUUCUCUUGAAGGGACUUUCUACUGAAAUUAAAAUAAUAUGAUAACAAUUAAAAGUUUCCAAUAUAAAGCAGUAUAACAGGUUGAUUUUGUACAGGAAAAAUAACUGGAAUGCCCGAAGCCAAACAUUCAAGUUACAAAUGGCAGCGCCCACUCUCUCCUGAAAAAUAAGGUGGAUAAAAAAUGUAAAAAAAUUAUGCAAAAGGUCAGUAGAGUGUAGCACAGGGUAAAUUCCCACCGCUUUUUCUACAUUAAAUCGCUUCUCAAAACAUUUAUUAAAUGGUUAUGCUCUCAUUAAUCAUGAUUUUAUAAUUCAAAUGUUUUUGAGGUAAUUUGUUUAGAUAACAGUGAUUUAUACAUUUAUGCUGGAUGUUUUAGAUUUGUGCGUGUGUGUGUGUGUGUGUGUGUGAAGAGUUCAUUUGCAAAAACAGAUAACUCCGUUUUUAACAAUUCUCAGAAAUCAUGUUUUUUUCCUUGUGCAUUCCAAUUAAUCUCAAUCAAACUGCAGUUGGGUUAUUUUGACUAGGUUAAACAAUAACUAAAACAAACAGCUAACUAACACAAUAAAACACAAUAAAAACAUCUUAACAUAAAAAAAAACAUGAUUUUUGAAAAUGAUAAAAAACGGAGCUAUCUGCUUUUGCAAAUAAUGUUGAUAUGUUGAUUUAGAUUUGAAUGAUGGUUCUUUUCAUAUUACAGUGAAAUGUGAUUUUUAAACCCUUAACUUUACCCCUCAUUGGAAUUGGUGCAGAAAACCCUCAGUCCCAUAGUUUUGCUUGUGUUUUUUUUUUUUUUUUUUUUUUUUAAUAAUUUAAUUUUAAUAUUAUUAUAAUUGAUAUAUAAUCAUUUGUUUAUGCUAAAUUUCACAACACGGAGGCCAAUUAAAUUCAGUCAUUUUAAUUUCAGUUCACAGUCUGUUAUUUUUAUGACAUUCCUUCAGCUAAAAAUAUUGUGUAGUUAAUACAGAACUGUACUGUAUGUGUAAUUCACAUGUAUUGCAUUGACUGAGGAUUUAAUCCAGUAUUUUCCAUUCAAAAAUAUAUCAAAUGUAUUUUUCAUAUUCUGCAGAAAUGUCAGCUAUGAUCAAUUCAAGAUAAUCUGCUUUCAUGAUUUGCAAUCGUGUUUUUUGAGCCUAUAAAUAAAAUAUUGUAUAUGUUUUAAGUUUAAUAAUAGCAGUUCAAUA